AUGAAUGUUGUCAAAGAGAUCCAAAGGAUCAAUCAAAGGGAAAUAAGCAGCGGCUCAUGGUCUGAUUCUGGUUCAUGGCACAAUCAAUACAAAAAUUCUGCUUGGAUAUAUGCAGGUGGUUUACCUUAUGAUUUAACAGAGGGAGAUAUCGUGUGUAUCUUUUCACAGUAUGGCGAAAUUAUCCAUAUUGAACUCAUUCGCGAUCAAAAGACCGGCAAGUCAAAGGGCUUUGCUUUUCUUCAGUACGAGGAUCAACGCAGUACCGUUUUGGCUGUCGACAACUUGAAUGGAGCCACAGUAUUGGGUCGUACAAUUCGAGUGGAUCAUUCACACACAGGACCGAAAAAGCAUAAAAAGCAAGGCGAAGAGGAUGAUUCAGAUGAUGAUCAACCCAAGAUGAAUGUCGCUCCUGAGAUGAUUGAAGUUGGGCCAGAGAAGAAGUCAAAGCCUGCCAAAAUGGAUAUGGAUGGAGACGAAGAAGAUCCAAUGGCAGCUUAUUUCAGAGAAAAGAAUGAAAAGAAAUCCAAAAAGAAAGAUAAAAAGAGCAGCAGCAGCAGCAGUCGACAUCACAAACAUAAGAGUACCAGAGACAGAUCUCGAGAGGAAAGACAUCAUAGAUCAAGCAGAGAUGACGAUAGACACAGAUCAAGUAGUAGACGUGAGAGAUCGCCUGAAGAAACGUCUCGCAGAGAUGAUAAAUACAGUAGUAGACGUCGUUCAAGAUCUCCUCGCUCCCGUUCUCGUUCUUACUCUCGAUCCCCUUCACGUCGUCGUUCAAGAUCACCUCGUCGUCGCUAUUAA